AUGGCCAUCCUCGAUGCCAUCGGUGCAGAAAGCGUCGCACUCCGCUGUGACGACCUGGCCGGCACCAGCCUUGUCCUCUGCGAGGCGAACCUUUCGCCUGCGACCCUCGAGGCAGCGCUGAAGAGUUGCCGUCGGCAGCAAAAGCCAGCCUGGUUCGACCCGGUCUCGGUGGCGAAAGCACCCCGAGGUUGCCUUUCCCCGCGCUGGGACCUGGCGGCGCCGAACUGCGACGAGUUGCUGGCAAUGCUGGGCAAGCCGCCCGGAGAGAUGUUGGAUUGGGAGGAGGGACUGCCCUCCGCCCUUCGUGCGGCCGUAGUGGAGGCGCUCUCCACAGAUUUCGGCUUUGCCGACCGGCUUCUUCUUAGUUUGGGCCCUCGCGGCUGCGUGCUGGCUUCACGGGCGGACGUGGCCACGUCCUCCAGCAGCAGUCAGAGAGAGCAUCUGCGCGACCUCACCCUGGACGUCGCGGCUAUGCUGACGUCGGAUGAUGCAAGGAAGCUUCCGCUGCUGCAUCUCCAGCUGCAGGAGCCGCUGCAUGAGAGCGGAUGCGAGCUCCUCUGGUACCGGCUCCUGAAACCCGCGGACACGGUGCGUGAUGUGACCGGCGCAGGGGAUGCUUUGCUGGCAGGCUCCGCGGCCGCGUUCGUUGCCGGGUGGCCUUUGGAGGAGGCGAUAGUUGCCGGCAUGGUGGCCGCACAUGCGACUCUCUUCGUCGAUGGCAGCGUUUCGCCGCAGCUCCAUCCCAAGCUCUUGCCAACUCUUCAGUCGCUUCUUCGCGCCAGGAGAAGCCGGCUGUGA